UUUUUAGGUACCGCACCUGUUGUACCAUUUAUGCCAACAUUGGCUAAACAAUUAGGCUAUUCCAGUGUGGUGGUGGGCACAAUGUACACAGUAUUGCCUAUAAUAGGCAUGUUAGCAAAACCAAUAUUUGGUUUUAUAGCAGAUCGUUAUCAACGUCAUCGCAUGUUAUUUAUUAUCUCCGAAAUUUUAACCGCCAUUGCCUUCUUUCUCAUCAUGUUUACACCCGCCAUACCCAAAGAACCAAUAGCUGUAGAAUUCCAUUGUCAUGCCGGAGUAACCGAUUUACGUUACUGUUCUGAAUUUGAUAAAUGUAUGAAUAAUGAACUACAAGAACAUUAUGCCAAUCAAACGCUCAAUUGCAAACUUCACUGUCAAGCUAAACCCUUUAUGUGGGAUAUAAUAUGUGAAAAUUGGUUAAAUAAUACAGAUUGUACACCAAAUACUACCACAACUAUGGACAUAACCACCUAUGUAGAUAUGGGUCAAAUGGAGGUGGAGAGUUCGUGUAUGUUCUUUAUGAUACCACAUCUUAAAGGCUCAAUAAAUGAUAAAAAUGUUACCAUGUUUUGUCCGAGUAAUAAGGAAUAUUUUAAUGCUUCCUGUAGUUUAGAUUGUAAUGAUGAAUUUCUUGAUAGUAAAUUGGGUUUAAGUCCAGUUAUUAAUAAUAAAGCGGCUAUGGGUUUAUAUCAAUUCUGGUGGUUCUUUGCUAUGUUAAUAAUAUCAUGGAUUGGCAUGGCGGCGGUAGUUAGUAUAGGUGAUGCUAUUUGUUUUGGCAUCUUGGGAGAGCGUGCACAUUUGUAUGGUAAACAGCGUUUAUAUGGUUCUGUGGGUUGGGGUAUAUUUUCCAUAAUUGCGGGCGUUUUAGUGGAUAAAAUGUCUAAGGGUGUAGAUAAGGAUUAUACUAUAGUAUUCUGGAUGACUUUGGUGAUAAUUGCUUUGGAUGUGGUGGCUUCAAUGAAGUUAAGGCACACACAAACUCAUCUCUCUCCCAAUAUCCUAAAAGAUGUUGGUCAAAUGUUCCUUUCCGUACGUUGUGUCGUCUUCUUUAUAUGGUGCGUUUUUAUUGGUCUCGGUACAGCUUUAAUAUGGAAUUUUCUAUUUUGGCAUUUAGAAGAAUUGGCCGGUUGUGAAGAGACCUCUAUGAAAACUUUACAGGGAGCUGUAAUGGCCAUACAAUGUUUUUGUGGUGAGCUACCGUUUUUCUUUUUCUCCGGUUGGAUUUUAAAGAAAAUUGGUCAUGUCAAUGCCAUGAGUCUAGUGCUAUUCGGUUUUGGUGUACGUUUUAUUUUAUACUCUAUGCUGCAAGAUCCCUGGUAUGUUUUACCAAUUGAACUAAUGAAUGGUAUAACAUUUGGUUUAUUCUAUGCCACUAUGGCUUCAUAUGCCAGUAUAGUGGCACCACCAGGUACAGAAACUACCAUGCAGGGUUUGGUGGGUGCUAUUUUCGAAGGUGUGGGUGUUUCCAUGGGCAGCUUUAUAGGCGGUUUACUAUUUGAAUCGGUAGGCCCUGGUCAUACCUUUGAAAUCUUUGGUGUUAGUGCCUUUAUAGCCUUUAUUGUACAUGUUUGUUUGCAAAUGUAUUUGCAACGUCAUCACGCUAGUUCAGAUAGUGAUAAUGGAAUCGUUAAAUAUUUAGCGCCUACUGAUGCCAUGCAUAUGCUUAACGAUCAAGAAUAUAUAAUAACGUAGAUAAAUGUGUUUGUAUGUGUGUGCUUGUGUGAUCUUGUAAUUUAGAUAUAUGGAUGUGGACUGUGUUAUUUUAAUUAAAUAUAUAUUAUUUUUUCUUAAAAAUUUAAAUUAUGUAAAAGGUAUUAUUAUUAUUGUUUACGUUUUAUUAAGAACAAAAAUUAAUUGCUAGGAUUUAAUGGAAAUUAUUACACUAGUAAACAAAAAGCAUGUAAUUUAUAUUUAUUUAUAAUUUUUCUUUUUUUUUAACAAAAUUUUUAAAAUAUUUGUCUAAAGCUAAGUUUAACUAACGAAUUUUUGUUUUUAUUUAAAAUAAUUUCUUUUUCUAAUUAAGUAAACAUUUUAUUCCAACUGCAUGUAAAAACUGGUCAUUUUUUUAAAAAGUAUUUUUUUUCUAUUU